UAUAAUCGAGCGUCGAGCUGCAUGAUCUGCGCCUCUGCAAUUAUGCAUGUUCCGUGUUGGAUGGUCUUCUCGGUAAACAGCGCAGGGCUGGCGCAGACAUUCAGCUCCAGGCUCACUGCUGCUGCUGCUGCUGCAUCCCCCACAAGUUGUUAGCGUGUGUGUGGAAGCGAGAGGCGGGCUGGCUUGUUUAUCAAAAAUGACUCGACAUGGCUGUGGCUUCUCUCGCUCAACAACAUACACGGCUAAGCGAGCGACCCUGGAAACCACGACGCGUUAAAAGAGAGUGAGGCGCAAAUCAUCUUGAUGAAAGUCAUACGUGGGGUUGGGUGGCCAUGGACCCAUUCAGCCAGCUUAUCCUCACCAUCUCGGUGACCAGCUUCUGCACCUUCCAGUGGCUCUUCCACAAAGUCAGCCCCUGGAUGUCCAUGCGUGUCAGCCCCGGCUUCCUCAACCUCAGUGACAAGCAGAAGGUGGAGUGGAACUCAAGAACAGUGUCAACAUUUCAUGCACUGUUGGUGGGAGUCUUCUGCCUCUACAUUUUGAUGUUUGAUGAUGCCGUCAACGAAGACCCAGUAUGGGGAGAUCCUACACUGGUGAAGACUAAUGUUGCCAUCACAACAGGCUACCUCAUAUCUGAUCUGCUGCUAAUAUUUUACUAUUGGAAGGCGAUAGGCGACAAGUUUUUUGUAAUUCACCAUCUGGCAGCAUUGUAUGCUUACUACUAUGUACUGGGCCAAGGAAUGUUGCCUUAUUUUGCUAACUUCCGUCUACUAGCCGAGUUUUCUACACCAUGUGUGAACCAGCGCUGGUUCUUCGAGGUGCUUGGCUAUCCCAAGUCCUCCCGACCCAACAUGGCGAAUGGCGUUGCUAUGGCUGUAGUCUUUUUCAUGGUCCGCAUCGCCGUCAUGCCGGUCUACUACAGUCGCAUGUAUGCAGUCUACGGCACUGAGGCCUUCUAUCUGGUGCCGUGGGGCGGCCGUGUAGCCUGGAUCUGCUCCAGUAUCUGUUUGGACAUCAUGAACAUUAUGUGGAUGCAUAAGAUCGCCCGCGGCUGCUACAAAGUGCUGCGGUCAGCACGCCAGAGCAAAUCCGGCACACCUCAGGAGAAUGGAAAGAUGGAUUAAGGGAAUCAGGGUGUCAUUGUUGAGAAAACGGACAAGGAUGACAUCACUCUCAGUGCAUCGGCAAGCAUCAGCUUGGAGACUUGCCCGUCACUCCAGGGGCGAGUGAUGCAACCGGAACGAAUGUAAUGAGAGAUUUUUCAGAAAGCAGGCACAGUCACUGAGAUUUAACGAUGGACCACGUUACCGGCCAUCACAAAGCCAUGAAAUGACCUCCUAGCAAUACCCUGUGUGCAUGGCAGAUUAUUUUCCUCUUGAACAAUUUACCACUACAGAAAAGAGGUCGUCCUGGGACAGUGGACUGUUAGCCCAUCCACAAAUUGUCAAAAAGUUUACUCUUCUUUACAUACGUACUCAAGAAAAGACUUUUUGUAUAAAUUCUGCAAUCCAGUCCCAGAUUAAAAUCAUUGAUAUAUAUGUUAAUGUUGGUGAAGCAAAGAUUUGAGGGAUCCUUGAAAGCAUUCAGUGAUUUCUCCAUUAUGGUCAGUGCCAUAGAUUCAUUAUCAUAUAGAUGCUUGUUCAGGAGAAGCAUUAAGCAUCUGCUUUUUUCACAGUAAAGCUCAUGAAGAGCUGCUUAAUUUGCAGGGAUUUGACUGGCAUGAGAUGGAUUUGCAUCAAGUGCUUUCACAAAAAGAAGUUAAGCAUGGAUAAAUCAGUUCAUUGCUCAUAUGCUGUCAUUCAUUUUAAAAAGCCAGCCUUUUAAGAAUUUAUAGAAAUACUGCUUUCACUUCCAUUUGAAUGAGGAAUUUAGGGUUGUUUUUUCACAAUAGGGACUCAAAUCUAGGUCUGACCCCAAAGUAGGGUGAACACAAGUGCACUAGAUUGAUCUGGCUGUACUAGAGCACAGCUGUGAACAUGCUCGAGUGCACUGUACUUGUCGGCAAGCAGAGCUAUAAAGGCAUUUCUUAACAUCUCCUGUUGCAUUGUAUUCUUGCAGCACAAGCCCAUUUUAUCCUCUAAGAUGCACGGUAGAUGAAGAAGUCAAAGAAGGUUGUAGUUGGCAUCUCAGAAAUGAUUAAAAUAUUUAUAGUAGCUUGUUGGAUGGUUGCUAACCAACUUUGGCCAAAUUGGCACCUACUGAAUUCACAAUUUACAGGUGUGCUCAGUCAUGAAAUGUUACUGAUGUGAAAGCAGAACAGUAGGGAAGAGGGGAGCAAUCAUGCUCGUGCCUAAUGUGAAAACACUCCUUAGUUUAAGACGGAUCAGGUGUGCUCAGUCCAUGUUCUCUGUUUUUUGUCUUGCUUGGAACGAGACAAACAGAUUUUUAAAGAUUUACUGUUAUAUCUUAAAGGAGACUGAUGAAUGGAGUAAUAAAUUAAAGAUAUAAUACUAAAAGGGAAACUGAAUGUCUAAGUUUGUUUGUACACUGAUGUUAAUAUUGCCAGAUUAUUUUUCCUUUAAUAAAUAUCAGACAGAUGAAAUCAGAUUUUUAAAUAUCAUAUUGCAUUAGCAGAGAUAUGUUGCUAACACUGUUUUUUAGGAUAGUGAUUUGUAUUUAUUUUACAUUGUGUAAUGCAUGUUCAGGGGCUUAGUGUGGAUUAAAAAGCAAAGUGCCACUUGUGAAAAGUUAAGGAGUAUAGAGUACUUAGAAACUGCUUAAAUUUGACCUAAUGAUAUCUGGACCCUGCUCGUUUAGCCUUAGGCCUGGUUUUAUACUUCUGCAUCUAUGCCAUAGUUGCUAUUGCCGUAGUGAGCAUUGCAUACUUGUGUGUUCACAUCUCUGCAAUUCUUUGCCCAAAUGCUACUCAGCCAUAUUUCCUGUGCACAGGAAACACCAUCAAAACUGAGCAUAAUGUCUUGGUUAGUAAUGAUAAAUGCUGAUUAGCAGUUAAUUUAACUGCAGGUGUUGCAAAAAGGGCUUCAGACUGCAAAUCUCAGAUGCUCCCCCUGUGGCAGACCACUGCUAUGAGACGCCACCUCUGUCAGAACAGAAGGGACAUAACUCUCCAGUUUCAACUUAAUUCAGCUUUAUUCAUAAAAAGUCUGCCUAUUACUUUCAUGAAAUAACCACAGUGCAAAUAUUACAGACUGAGCAACAUGUUAUAAAUAAAACUGAAAAAACUUCCAGUGUCUAAGCCGGGAUAACAUUUUUUAUAGACCUGUUUUAGAAGUAGUUACGCUAACAGUGGCUUACUUUAACUUCAUUAGCUGUGGCUAAAGCUAACAUCUUUGCUAGCUAUGUAGUUAAAAAUACUAUGUAAGAUGUAAACCAUUGUAGCUAUGAUAGCUUUGGCUAAAGCCAACGAUGCUAAAGUGCGCCAGCAUUUGAAUGAGUACUCCAAAAACGGGUAUAGCUUGAGCAAAAAUAGCAUCACCUUAUGUUGCUAACUUUGCUUCCCUAGCUUUAGCUACAUUAGUUAUGCAGCUACAUAACCUAAAUGGUUUAUAUAGCUAACGUAGCUUCCUUAGUUUUAGGUUUAGCUACUUACCUACCAAUGUAGCCUCAUAAGCAUUUUGGUAUGUAGCUAUAUUAGCUGCGGAGCUAACAUGGCUAAUGUAGCUUUGUAGCUUUAGAGUGAGCUAUGUAAGCUACAUUAUCUACAUAGCUAACAUAGCUUUGUUAGCUUUAGUCUUUGCUUCAACAGCUGUGUUAGAGUGUUUUCAUGGCUAACCCUCACUUUAACCCUUACUGGAAGUUCAUCUGGUUCUGUUUGAAAACAUGCAUUUCCUGACUAAUGCAUUUCCAAAUCUGAACCCAAAUUUGUUUUUUUCCAAACACAACCAAACAUUUUAAAUGUAAAAUUACAAAGUUUGAACUUGAGUUGGAACAAAAUAUGUGACAGAGCAGAAAACACUGAGUGAUGUCCUUCAAAGUAAAAGCACAUCAUAGAGUUUUUGUCCAAAAAUGUUUCUUGGCACAUCUGAAAAUUGUUUCCACUUUUGCGUCCUGACCCACCAGUUAAAAAAACUGAGGCUCACGACUAUACACAACAUGUCUGUAGACACUCUCAAAACUUGGCAAUCACCCAGUGCGACCCAGUAGACCAACAGUCUGCAUCAUUUUGAGGAGCUGUUAAAUUUUUAGGGGGUGCUUGAUGGCUACAUAGUUAGGCCUUUGCAGAGGCCUAGUAACUACAGCAUCGCUUUGAUCCAGAAUUAUAAAUCAGGCUUUUGUUUGAAAGGGUAACAUAAUUAUAAUCACAGUAGGUACUUAUUUUAUCUUAAGAGGCAAAAAUGUUUUAAUUCAACCCAGGGCAACACUUGAAGUGCAAUUUAUGGUCAGACAUGGCAUGACUGUAAGAAGGCAUUAACGACUCAUUUUCCUGUUUUUGUUUUGAAGCAAAAAAGAAAUAACAGACAACCAGAGUUUUUACAUUUGGAUUUAAAAAGACAAAAACACAGCACGACAACAAAUUUUGAAAUAUAGGUUGAAUUUUUUUUGUGGUUUUCCUUUUUUUUUUUUUUUUUUUUUUUUUUUUUUGUUGUUGUUGUUUGACAACAAAGUUGAUGCAAAAAUGCCAAAAUAAAAGACAGGGAUUACAAUAUGAGAUGAUUUUAUAGAUUUAUUUGAUGGUUUUUAUUUUGAAAAUAAUAUUUCUUUGUUUUAUUUCAUUUUGAAAUUCUGCUGUUCUACAAUCAAAACCAUUUGUUCCAUUGUUUUGUUUCCUAAACUAAAGGACUGAGUUCUUGAAGGAUCUGCUUUUAUUUUGAAAGAAACAUAAAUUCGAUCCUAGAUUAUGACAUGAUGUUAACUAAAGAAAAAGGAACUUGUAAUGGAUUGAAAAUGAAAAAUCAGAACAGUCAGAAGGUAAAUUUCUUACACCAUGGAUGACUUUUGACGAGUUUGAGCUGGUUUUUUUGUUUUUUUUCAAUUAAAAAAAGCAAUGGUGGAAUAAUUUCACAUCACUGUGUCUGCAGAAAGGCAUUGGCUUAACCAAAGUGUGCAGAAAGGGAGGAUGACACAUGCAUUUAAUGCAGUUUUAAAACAUAUGAAUGCACCAUGUAUGGAUUGUAAUUGCAUUGCAAUGAAUGCCAAUUAAUUGAUGUCAAGUCGGGUUUUCUGGCUUCAUACACUUCUAAGGUGCAUGGAGAAUAAAAAAGUCUUAAGGAAAUCAGAAAACUGCAGCAAUGCUUUGUAGUGAAGAGGACAUCUUUAUUCAUUUGAUACAUUUGUUCUCUAAACUACAAGUUUGUUUUAGAUCCAUUUUUUAUACAGAAACUCACAUAUAUUUUGAGCAAAACUGACUUUUAUUUUGAAAAUUUAUUGUUCAUUUUCAGCAAAAAUAAAACAAUGCAAAAUGAUUUGUUAAGCCUUCUUCCAUCACUUAUAUCCUGUCAGAACAUAAAUGAUACUUUGCCUGAAUAUCUGUUUUACAGAAGGAAUUGGAAAUUUGAGCGAGCAGGUUAAAAUCGAGUAUGAUUUCACAACAUUCAUUCAUGAAAUGACCGACUUUCUUUCUGAAGGUUUUGAUUCUAUUUAAAAUCGUAGACAGUGAUCAGUGUUUCAGAUAGUUAUAGCUCUGUGUAUGACGAAAUAAUUUUGUAAAUUUCUGAGAGCAUUGUGAAACAAAUAGCUUCUGCCUCAUGUUAUGCGAUUUUUUUAGCUGUUAAAGACGAUGUUCACUCCUUUACUUUUUCAUCUGAUGGAAACAAGGAUUGUGUGUAUUUCAGGGGAUAUUGAUACAUAAAUAAGUUAUGAGUAUUCAUGUUAUAAUUUUUCUGGAACAUAUUUCUGACAAAGCAGUUUCAUGCUAAUGACAGUUCAGCUAAGAGAGGAACCUUUGUAUCACAUAAAGAGUUAAUUCAUGGAUGAUUUAUGGAACAUGUACUUGAACUUUAAUUGUAAAUGUGUCUUUUUUUAUGAGCUGUACAUGGAAAGCUUGUGUCAAAUGUUUUGUGAAACGGGAACAGGGAUUGCUCGUUUUUUAAAGCACGCCUUGCUCUGUUCAGCAUUUAAUUUUGUUGCCUUUUUUCAAAAGAACUUAUGAUUGCACAGUGAAUAUUUUAUGUCACAUCCAACGCCACACAACACUGAAAAAUGUGUAGUUUUUCAGUGAUUUUAAGUGUUUCUCAUAUUCCUGUCUAAAGAAAGUCUUUGGCCUUUGUAAUGGAUUCAUUUGAAAUUCAGUACAUUUACAUGCAUAGAAAUUCAAGCAGCUUGAUGAGGCGAUUUAACAGUGUACAUGUGCAGGAGGUGAAGCGACAUAGCAUGUCCACUGCCCCUAUCCUAGAUGGAGAUAUACCUUCUUUCAGCUACGUACUAUUGGUUGUUUGCAGUCAUGUGACCCUGAUGAUGCGUAUAUGUCAGCUGGGGGGGCAGGAAGUGAAAAACAACUGUUAAGAAUUAAUGAGAAUGGUAAAAAUUUGGUAUGUUAAAGCUCUAGAUGGAAAAUUCAACAAAAUAUUGAUACAUUACAUAUGAUCCCUAAACUUUACAAUAAGGCUAUAUUUUUCCACAAGUUGACCACAUUUACUGGCCUAGAGGCAAUAGAUAUCACAAAUAAAGUCCUGUGUCCAUAGUUAGCAGCACUAGUUUUUUAAAUUCAAAACAAGUGUAGUCCAGUGUUUUGAGCGCUCAGUGCCCUGGGUGAAAAAGCGUCCUCAGAAACAGCUGUUUCUGACACCACACUCAAAGCUUUCUUAGUUGAAAAUGGAUCAACUUUUGGAACAGCGCAGUACUUGUCAAUGUCACUCAAUCCUCACUGGCCAAUCAAAAUCAAGAAGGGGCAGAACCUCUGAUUAUGGCAUAAGAGAAACCAAUCUAACUCGUCUUUCUUGGUCUUUUUUCAAGGGUAGUUUUCGGAUCUGCAUCUACUGCCUGUGUCAGGACACGAUUCCUUGGCAUUGUUUCAUUUCAUUAUUUCAUUAUUUCAUUGAAAUACACAAAGUCAUUUUAAAACAAAGUACCAGAUUCUACAGAGGGAUUCAUUUUUUGUAACGUAGCAAGUUUGUAAGCCAAAUGACUGACUUUUCUCACUGAGCUGAGCCAAAUGAUACAGAUUUCUAAAAAAGAGGUGAAUCUCAACAAGCGAGGCUAGACAUACUCCAGCUUUCAAAACACAAACAAGAUUAGGGUUUGCUGUGCCAAACCGUGACAAACUGAAACCAAACACAAGCGUGAUCCAACUCUGCCACCCAAGACUUUACAUGCUUUUAAUCCCUGUCUGCUGCCUAUUUCUCAAAGAACUUUUUUGUAAUGUGCCACUACUUUCAGGACUCAAAAGUAGCUCAAGAUUGUUUUUAUCUUUUUGCAGACUGAAUGGUUUGCACAGUCUCAAACAGUUUAAAAAUUUGGCAUUUUGAUAGCACUUCCCUAUGCAGACAUUGCUUCCUACCACCCCCGUGACAUGAUGUCAUCUGCAAACAACCUAUAGACUGUCUUCCUAUUGACCUGAAAAGUAAGCACAUAUGUUAAUAGAAACAAGAGUGCAAUAAUGGACAAGCAUUGCCUCUCUGUAUAUUUUGUGCACACUUUAUGUUGGCACAAAUGCCAUACACCUUAGCUUAUGGUGAUAUCUGAAGGUAGUAAACCUUACAACUUAUGCUCCUUUACUUCUGGGUCAAGACAGUGAAGCAUACUUAGGAUGCCUACUCAGUUUGUGUGAUUCAGUCAGAGCCAUCUAGGUGUUAGUCUAACCUAAAGAUGUUUUCAGUCAGACUAACAUAAACAUGAAUACAAAGUCCAGUUUCAGUCAGACAAUAACAACUCAACUCCUUCAACUCAAUAACCAUUUUUUCUCGCUGCAUGUAAAUGUACUGAUUGAGGCUUUUAAGGCUGGUUGUUUGUUUUUUUGUCAUGGUUUUAAAGUGUUAAAGAUGUCUGCAUUUGUGCCAGUGCUUUAGCCAUUACUACUCCGCAGUUAUUUUUUGUCCUCAGAACCGUUAGCAUUUUCAUACAACUGUGCCAACUUGUAACCAUGGUUUUAUGGUUCACAUGAAUUCUGUUCACAUAACCGUUGUGCACUCUGUGGUUAGUCACUGUAUGAUAAGGGUCUUUUCAGUUUGGCUACUGUGUGGAAACCACACUGAUGUCAGGAACUGGACGUAGUCAGCAGAGUAUUAUGGGUAAUUGUCAUCUACAUUACAUGUAGAUAUCACUAUCUCACAUCGUAGAGAAGAGCCAGGGUGUACUGUUUAAUAUUUCACCCAUAUUUAAUGGAGUCAUGUAAUGAUUUCAGGACAGCGGGCAACUUCUGGUAGAACCAGCAGUGGCUCUGUAUGCAUGGUCAAUAUGGUCUUCAUGCACCCUUUAUAGCUGCAUGUGGUAUUGCAUGAGGACUGCACUGUAAACAAAAUAGCAUAUACAUUUGCAAACGAACUCUGUCCUUUGUUUUCUUUCCGUUAGUACAUGUAAUGUUUUGCUUAAACGUUAUUCUUGUACUGUGCCACAUGACGUAAUCCACAGAAGAUGAUAGAGAUAUGAUGGUUUCAUCAUAAAGCAGAUAUUAAACAUAAUAUCCAGCACAGAAAUAUUAAGUAAGGGAAUACUUGAAUACUAAUCAGCACAGUUUAUAACAAUCUGGGCGGUGCAAAUAAACAUUAAUCCUAUUAGCAUCUUGCAUUGCCUACCAUUGUUUUUAAUUUAUUAAUACGAGAGACGUAAAACUAAGCAGAAGCCGAGGUCGUUCAAGAAGACGGCACUGCUGCCAGUGAGGGAAACCUCGCCAUUGGUUGUUUCUGUUCUGAAUGCUGUUUGGAGGAGACAUGUGAGUAGAUGGAGUGUAUAGUGACAUUCUAUGAAUGUAUCAAAGAAGAGAAAAUAUUUGUCAUUCACAUUUUCUGUUGUUCUUUACAAUAAAUACCAAAUUAACUGA